AUGACGGUGCAGGAGCUUGCCAACGUCCUCGGCAAGCCCGAGGUGCCAGCCCAGUACGUGGUGCGUGGGCACCAUGACCAGCAGCUCUCCACAGCCAUCACAGCACCUAUCCCUGUCAUUGACCUCUGCCGCCUUUUCACCAAGGAAGGUGCAGCCACCGAUGAGGCAUCGAAGCUUCGAGCAGCGCUCGAGUCAUGGGGCCUCUUUCUGCUCAGUAACCAUGGUGUAGAAACUACCAUGAUGGACGGCAUGAGGGAGUUUUUCAAGCGGCCUCUUGAAGAUAAGAAUAAGUACACCAACCUAAUCGGCGGUGAGCAGUUCCAGUUUGAGGGGUACGGCAAUGACCGGGUGAGGUCGCCGGACCAGAUUCUGGACUGGUCUGACCGCCUCUACCUCAAGCAUCAAAGGCUCAUAUAUUGUUGUCUUUGCAGGGAUAUUCUGCACGAGUUCACAAAAAAAUGUGGGGGAGUGAAGGACGAUCUGCUCCGGGUAAUGGCGAAGCUGCUGCAGCUUGACGAUGAUGACUAUUUUGUGGACCAGCUUGGGGAGAAGGCUGAAACAAACGUGAGAUGCAGCUACUACCCAGAGUGUCCAAAACCAGAGCUAGUAUUUGGUCUCAAGCCUCAGUGUGAUGGAACCGUUCUUACAAUUCUCAUGGUCGAUGACAGCGUCGGUGGCCUGCAAGUUCUAAGAGAUGGGGUGUGGUGGGAUGUACCGAUCGUACCUCACACACUGCUGGUCAUUAUAGGAGAUCAGACUGAGAUAAUGAGCAACGGCUUCUUCAAAAGCCCUGUGCAUAGGGUCGUGACAAAUGCAAAGAAAGAGAGGCUAUCGGUGGCUCUAGACUAUUCUGUUGACCAUGAGAGAGAAAUCGAGCCAUCGGCUCAGCUGAUCAAUGAGAAGAGACCAGCAUUGUACAUGAAAGUGAAGGUCAAGGACUACAUUACCGGGCUGUAUGAACAUUUCUCUCAGGGAACGAUGGUUAUUGAUACACUGCAGAUAUAACUAUGUGGUAUCAUGGGCGUCAUGAAAAAUUGUGAUCAAAUUAUGACCGAUGUUUGCAUUGUGUUUUUCUAAAUGUCACGUGUAUUAUGUACUCCCUUUGUUCAACAACACAUGUCAUUUCAUGUUUUUGCAUGUUUUGCAUGCUAAUAAGAGAAUAAAGUUGUAUAUUACUCCC